GGGGGUGGUGGCUCUCGCCUGGCUGAAGUUUUACAGUAUAUUAAAUGCGAACUCCUGCCCACUUAAAUCCACCACUCAUAAGGUUCUUUCCAGCUGCUUUAAACAGAAUCCCUUAGCGGCAAGUUCCACACAUAAACAAGAAGAAAGCUUGCUGUCUUUUUCUCACCAAUCUCUAUUCACCACCACGAAACGUUAUACAUUCUUAACGCAGCAGCUUCCACCCAACGGAGAACAUCUUGGGACGACUCUUUGGUGUAGUGAAAAUUGAGUUUGUUUGACUACAGAACUCAACCAUCCCACGUAAACAAAAGUUCGUGAAAACGAUUUGACAUGUUUUGUGACAAAACAGCAACACAAGCGGCUUGUUAAAUCGGAAAACUUGUGUUGUAAAUAUAUUCCAAGAAAUUACUUUUGAAUUAGACGUCUAAAGGUUCUUGGACGAAAGUUUUGACGACUUUUGGAUCUCCAACAAAAACGAAAGAAUUACAACUGACCUGUGCUUGAAUUGCUCUCAGUUGUUUUCUUCUUGCUUUUUGUCUUUUAAUUUGCCUGUCUUUGACAACAUUAACAGUCUGUAGCACUUUUUUGGCUUUUUCUUGUUGUCCGAACAGUGUCGGCUGUUUAUUCGCACCAUUUCAUUUGUUUGUUUACUUCUGUGUGAGUCUGCGUCAAUCUGUGUUUGUCACGUCGUCUCUAGGUCUGUAAACAACACCGUAACUGGACGUCAACUUUCCAAUUAGCGUUUUCUUGUUCUUCUAUUACAUUUAUUUUAUUGGUCUACUCUCCCAUCUCUAAUUUCUCUCUGCCUUCGCAAUGUCUUCGGAAACGCCGACUUACAGCUCUUGGGCGAGCCAACGGUACAACGAAUUGAUCGCUUGGAACGUCAAGGGUCCUCGCUUACCCAUUGCCCAGCGUCUAAAACACUUCACUUGGUCCUGGUUUACCUGUACCAUGGCCACCGGUGGUGUCGGUAUGAUUCUGGCAUCGCUGCCCUACCGAUUCACAGGCUUAAACACGAUUGGUAAAGUCGUGUUCAUUUUCCAGGUCGUUUUGCUGGCGAUUUUCUGUUCGGCGAUGGCCUUUCGGUUCAUUCGUUACCCCGAAACCUUCAAAAAGUCUAUUUACCAUCAUUUGGAGAAGCUCUUCAUUGGUACCUUCCUGCUUUCCAUGUCGACGUUCAUCGAUAUGCUCGCCGCCUACGGAUACCCCAGCACUGGCGAGUGGAUGGUGUACCUAAUUCGCAUUUUUUACUGGAUGUACUUUGCCGUCUCGUUCGUAUACGCCAUCUUCGCAUUUGCUACCACCUUUCACAUGCAUCCCUACACCCUGGAGACGGCUUCCCCAGCAUGGAUUCUGCCUAUUUUCCCAGCUAUGAUUAGCGGCGCUGUCGCCGGUACUGUGGCCUUCACACAACCGCCGCACCAAUUGAAGAAUUUGGUCGUGUGCGGUAUCAUGUUCCAGGGCUUGGGUUUCUGGGUGUACAUCAUGCUGUUCGCCGUGAACAUGCUCAAGCUGUUUACGAAGGGUAUGAUGGGUGCCUCUGAACGCCCUGGUCUUUUUAUGUUCGUUGGUCCUCCGGCCUAUACCGGCUUGGCUUUAAUCGGUAUGGGUAAAACUGCUAUGGACUCCAAGAUCUCCAUGUUUUCUGCAACCCCCGUUUCUUCUGAACACCUUGCCUUUAUGUGUACCUUUAUGGCCUUGUUUAUGUGGGGUCUUGCUGCUUGGUGCUAUUGUGUGGCCAUGGUCUGCUUUGCUGCUGGUUUCAUGUCUCGUGCUCCUAUUCAAUUCAAACUCGGCUGGUUCGCAUUUAUUUUCCCAGUCGUUGGUUUUGUCAACGUUACUAUGAAGAUUGGUGAGAUGAUUGAUUCGGCCGCGUUCAAGAUCUUUGGUCAUGUCAUUGGUGCAAUGCUUGCCAUUCAGUGGAUGUUUGUGAUGUUCUUCAUGGUCCGCGCCGUCUUACUGCAAGAGAUCAUGUACCCGGGCCGCGACGAAGAUGUCAAGACACCUCCCGGUGCCACUCCUCCUCCCACUUUGGUGACGAGUCCCUUGUCCUUUGCUUCGCUGCAAGACGUAAAAGAUGGCCAUCCCAUUCAGGUCACCGUGUCCCGCACUCGAGACAGAAGCAAACAGCACAUGUCGCAGGGCUCUGAUGAAGAAAAAAUCUAGUAUGCCCAAGGCAGUCCCUUUUUUCCAUGACUUAGCUUUUACGCUCUUUCUUCCUUGCUCGAUAAUGAGCAUUCAUCUGCUAGUGGACGUGCGCAUCUUCCUAUGUACGUUUGUAUAACCAUCUUUUUCUCAUUACAAGUUUCUUUCUCGUUUCAUUGGAUUGAUGUUUUUGUUUCUAUCCUAGCCACCACUAAUCGUUCUUGUUAAUUUUGCCUUGAGCAAGGUUUUUGCUUUGCAUGAUACCUACUGCAUACACUAGAACUGCUAAAUAGUUGUUCUCGGAGCACUUUAGGAAACUGUUUCGCUUUGUUUUAUCCGUUCCGUUUCUCGUUAUUGUUCCUUCAUCAUCGUCUACUAUUUGUUUAUACAAUUUGUUUCCGGACGUAUUGCUACAUCUGGUUUCUUUAAUUCAUACUUGCUGUCACUGCUGUUGUUAAACUAUCUACUCCAGUGCCUGGUAUUACUAAUCUUGUCACUGCUAGUAUAGAACUGCCUUCAUCCAAGAUGUUGCGCUACAAUAGCUUAAGUACUGCUGAAAAGGCUCAAUUAAAACUGUGUAGGAGUAUAACAAUAUAUGUAUGAAAAAAGAAAAACGAUAAAGACAAUUAGGGCAAAUAGCAGUAGUUCGAUUAGGCCCUAGGCUCCAACAACAAAACGAGAAGAACGCAGCGACCCUGAUAUUUAUAAGUGGUGCAUAAUGCGAAGAGGAAAUGUUAAUUCAAAACAAGUUGAGUAUAACUCUUAGUGUCAAUGCUUAACAUCUGUCCAAGAUACCUUUUUGGCAUUCAUUAUGAACUAACCAAAGUGUCUGAAAGAAACGGAGGCGGUGACGCAAGUCAAUUGUUCGUCAUUUGCAUUGAAGACACGAGCAUUAACAUGGUAUGUGCCUGGAGGAAUGGCCCAAGGGAGAGGAACUUCAAUCGUUUUCGUAAUAAGGGAAGGUCCAACAGGGCACUUGAUACCUGCGAGAAGAUCUGCUUGCUCGCAAAGAUCCAGCUUCUCGUUGACAAUGCGAACGAAUCCAUACUUUACUUCAGCCAACACGUAGCUGCCUUCCUCAACAACAGUGUUGACGGCGAUUUGCGUCUCAAUCGACAGGUUCUUACCAGCACGAGGAGGAUUAGGAACAAGGUUCAGGUAGUUAAUUUGAAGCGUGUCGAGAGAAUGGUCCCAGUUAUUGUUACAAAAAUAAGCAGGAUUGUCUCCA